AUUGUAUCUUUAAGAGUCAGCACAAAGCAAUGUCCUGACAGUUGAUCUCCCCCUUACUCAUUCAUUUGACUGAUCUCUGCUAAACAAUCAGAAUGGAGAGGGAACAAGUGUCCAGUUGUAGUUCUGAUGGGGGGUUUAAUAAACUGAUUUGUGAAGAGGAUUUGCAUGACAGCGAUUCUUACCCCCACCCUAAACAAGGCAGCCAACAAGCGUUCAAGCGCAACAUGAUACCUGGGAGACUUUGUAAAGCGGCUGCAGUGAGCCUGGCGGUACUCGCUGCUGUUCUGCUAAUAGUUGAUAUUGGCCUGGGGGUCCACUACAAAAAACUCAUUGAUACCCACCUCACAUUCGAUGAUGUAAACCGUAUGAUCAGUGAAGUGUACCAGCUCCAGGAUACUUACAAGACUGCAGUUGAAACCCUGAACAGUGCCAAGAAGCAGUUGGAUAGUGAGCUGAGUCGUCAGACACCAACCAAGUGGGAACUUGACCACCAAACAAAAAGAACAACUGAAUAUGCUGCACGGAUUGAUCAAAUUACAAAGCAGAUUGCAGAAAUGAAAACCCACUUACCAGUGAUUACUGAUAACUGUAGACACUGUCCACCAGGAUGGAUUUUCAUGCAGUCAGUAUGUUAUUACUUCCCUGACUCAGAAAAUACCAUAGUGAAAAACUGGAAACAAUCCAGAGAGUUUUGCCAGACACAUGGAGGUGAUCUUGCAGUCAUAGACAGCAAAGACAAAGAGAAAUCAAUAGUAAAUUUCUUGAGAAAUAACUCGAACCCACAUUCCAUACAUACCCACUGGAUUGGACUGAGUGAUAAGGAAGAGGAGGGGACUUGGAAAUGGGUGGAUGGAACACAUCUGGUUGAAGCGUACUGGACUGAGGGAGAACCAAGUACUGUCUCCUCCAAUGAAGACUGUGUAGCAGUGUAUCCCAGCAAUAACUUCUUCGAAGCUUGGAUGGAUAAUACAUGCGGAACUACAAAGAAAUGGAUUUGUGAAAGAGCAGCAACUUCUUUGAGCUGAAAUUGAACAGCAUUUGCUGUACUGCAUUAACUGUUUGCUUUAAGAGUUCACUCAUCAUAACAUUUUAUGUAGUGAAUAGCCUUUACCAAAUCAGAGCUGUGAUUAUAUACAUACACAAUGUAUACAUGUGAAUGAUACUAUUAAAAAAUAAUAAGAAAACAUUUAAUAAACUGAUGUACUGCUGCCUGAUGGCUAAGUCUGCAGAGCAAUAAAGAUGAAUUUUAAUGGCCUAUAAAUUAUUUACAGUAUAAACGUAAGGUGGUAUGUUUAACAAGACUUACUGAUUUCUCAGGUUUUAACGAGCCAUAGAAUCUGCAGUUGUGAUGUGUAUGGGUCAGACAAUGCACAUCUCAGAGAUGCCAGGUAAUAAAAGUUCAGAGGUCACCCUUAUUUACAAAGAUGCAUAUGCAGGCAAUAGUUGGAUGGCACAGUGAAAGCCAACAAGCAGGUGAAGGGUGACAACAGGCAGGCAAAAACACUAGGUGAUCAUGUGGGCAGGCAACAGGCAAAGUCCAAAAACUGGAAGGCAGGGAAAAGAGCAGACUGAAGAGAGUGACUCCAGAGGUAUUGAAAUGGCAAGACAAGCAUAGAAUGAUAGCUAUAAAUGAGCUUUGAUG